AUGCAUGCGCGGUAUGCUCUCUUUAGCCUUCUCGCCGCUUUUGGCGCCGUCAGUGCCGCUUCGCCACGCUGCUCCGGAGCGGCAGCAGCAGCAGCAGCGGUCCAAGUUCGCAUAUUCCAUUCUAACGGUUCCCUCUGGCAGAUCUCACCGAAUGCCAUCGUCAGUGACGCAUGCGCUUCCUACUCAACCCUCGAGCGGCUGAACCGCGACGUCAAGCCGGCCCUUGACGAACUCACGCGGACAACCGACUUCUUCUCCCACUACAGGAUAAACCUCUUUCACAAGAAGUGCCCGUUCUGGAACGACGAGAAUGGCAUGUGCGGCAACAUCGCCUGCGCUGUCGAGACGCUCGACAACGAGGACGAAAUCCCCCCAGUAUGGCGCGCCAGUGAGCUAGGUAAGCUGGAGGGACCCCACGCGCGACACCCCGGAAAGAGCCUGCAGAAAGAGGAACCGAAGCGGCCGUUGCAGGGGUUGUUGGGAGAACACGUCGGGGAGAGCUGCGUGGUGGAGUACGACGACGAGUGCGACGACCGGGACUACUGCGUGCCCGAAGACGAGAGCGCGACCUCCAAGGGAGACUACGUGAGCCUGCUGCGGAAUCCGGAGCGCUUCACGGGGUACGCUGGCGACGGCGCAAAGCAGGUGUGGGACGCCAUCUACCGGGAGAACUGCUUCCAGAGGAGCUCGUUUCCGCACUCGGCGGCGCUCGGUCGGGACACGUCGCCCAGGGGUCCCGCAGCAAUGGAUUUCAAGGCGGUGAUCGAGGCGGCCGGCAGACAGCAGGUCCUGGAGCAGCAGCGGCAACACAACCCGUUGACGCCCUUCGUGGCCAAGACAGGGCUCGAGCACGAGGAUGAAUGCCUCGAGAAGCGCGUCUUCUACCGGGUUAUCUCGGGUAUGCACGCGAGCAUCUCGACGCACCUGUGCUGGGACUUCCUCAACCAGACGACUGGGCAGUGGCAGCCCAAUCUUGGCUGCUACGUCAACCGCCUACACAAGUUUCCCGACCGCAUCAGCAACUUGUACUUCAACUACGCCCUCCUUACGCGCGCCAUUGCCAAGCUCGAACCCUAUGUCUCGCAGCAGCAAGAUUACAUGUUCUGUCUAGGGGACCCGGAGCAGGACGAUGACACACGUGCCAAGGUCAUGGCGGUGACCGAGAAAGCCGCCAGCGUGCCCCAGAUCUUCGACGAAAGCCUGAUGUUCAAGAACGGCGAGGGUCCUUCGCUGAAGGAGGACUUCCGCAACCGGUUCCGGAAUGUGAGCCGCCUGAUGGACUGCGUCGGGUGCGACAAGUGCCGCCUGUGGGGAAAGCUGCAGACGGCUGGCUACGGGACAGCUCUCAAGGUGUUGUUCGAGUUCGACAACAAUGACAAGCCCCAGGUUCCGGUGCUGAAGCGCACCGAACUGGUUGCGCUUUUCAACACGUACGCUCGGUUGAGCAGCAGCAUGAGCGCCAUCCAGAAGUUCAGGGAGAUGGCCGAGCACGAGGAGGCGGCCAGGGAGCUUGGGGAGCGCCUCAAAGAGGCGGAGACGCUCAAUGUCAUCCCCGACCAGGCGAAGAAGCCGCGCCAUGCCAUUGUCCCGGGCUCGUCCGAGGCAGCGCCGUCUGAAGCGGCCGAUGAAAGGCACGAUGAUCGGGAGACGCCAGAGUACCAUAAGCGGACCGUCAAGGACGAGUUUGACGACGAGAUGGGAAGGGUCAUCAAGGUGGUCAAGUUUGUCCUUAAGAGCUGGAUCAAUUUCCCCGCGAUGCUAUGGCAUAUCAUCACAUCCGAGUUGAUACGCUUGUGGCAAUACUACAUCGGUUUGCCUGUUAAUCCAAGAUCGUGGGGCUUUGAGCUGCCGAGGGUGGAUGAGCUUUAG